AUGUUUUCAUAUUUUCAGAUCCAUGCAAGAAUUCCUGCAAAUAGACAAUCUGUUGCAAGAUCUAAAGAGAGCAUGAUAAGGUACAGUAGUGAGCUCGAGCGCAAGGUGAAAACGCUGCAGACUGAGGCAACUACCCUCUCAGCACAGCUUACUCUGCUACAGGAAUACUUCAUUUCCUAUCAUUCUGAGAAUCAUGGCAGGGAAUAUGACAGGUUGCAAAUGAAAAAAAAGUGGGACCAAAUGAAGAAGGAAUGGAAAAUACGGAAGGAAUUGAAAAGGGGUUCUACCAGUCUUGGUUGGGAUCCAAUAAAGCGAACAGUUGAUGCACCUAAUGAAUGGUGGACUGAAAGACUUGCGGUGGUGCCUGCUGCAAAAAAGUUUAAACUUUCUGGAAUUGAGCCUGAAUUAGAGCAAAAACUAGACCGCAUGUUUGGGGGAGUGGUGGCAACAGAAAACUAUGCUUGUAGCCCAAGCAAGAUAGGGUUCACUGGCAAUGCCAUGAAUUUGGGAACCCCUGGAGGUUCAGUUGAUUUCAUUGACGUCCCUAGCCCAGAUCAGAAUGAAUAUGAAACUAUUUCCAGUUCCAAACAUCUGAGGGUUGUUGAUAAAAGAAAAAUUGGUGCUUCUUCUCUCAAAAAAGAGUUAUCCGAGGCAGUUUCUUGUUUCAAAACAGAAUGUCAGUCUUCUCAUUCAAGCAGAAUCGCGGAGACACUUGAAAUCCUAAGUGCUACAACCAAAAUUUAUGCAGAUGAAGAGCUGUAUCUGUUCGCAGCAGGAUUGCUAGAAGACCCGGUCCGUAGGGAUUUCUUCGUGCAGAUGCCUGCCACUCGCAGAGUGGCAUAUAUUCAGCAUUUUUACAAUCGUUUGAACAAUUGA